UUAGAGUUAAAUGAAGGUAUAUAAUAUGCUCCACAUUCCCUGCCGCCUCGUCACUCAUCCCUGGCUCCACCAUGGCUCUCAGACGCCUGCUGCUGCUGCUGACCCUGCUACCUCUGAUGACCCACGCGGCCCCUGCGAAUUCGAAGAAGACAAAAGUUUCCGUGUACUAUGAGUCACUGUCCCCGAAGAGCAAGGCCUUCUUCACUGAGCAGCUGUACCCCGUGUGGCUGGACCUCAAGGAAUACAUUGCCGUGGACCUCUACGUGUACGGCAGGACCACGGAACGGGUGGACGCGACGGGGUACAAGUUUGAGUGCAUCCACGGGCCAGAGGAGUGUGUGGGCAAUGUGAUGAUGAUGUGCGCCAAGAUCAACAUUCCCACGGUGGAGCAGUACAUGGGCUUCUCGAACUGUAUCAUGGACGAGUUCAAGGGAGCUGCUAAGUCCAUGGAUUGCGCCACCCAGUUUGCCAUAGACCACACGCCCAUCGAGCAGUGUGCCUCCACCUUUGUCGGGCAGCACCUCCUCCACCAGACAGGACUCAAGCAACAGACACUCUCCCCCGCCCUGGAGUCUGCCCCUUGGAUUCUCAUUAACGAUGUGUUCACGGAGGAGCAGAUGAUGGCGGCUCGUGAGGACCUGCGCAAGGUGGUGUGCGCGGUGAACAAGGAAGUGCCGGCGACAAAGUGCAAUUAGAAACACAUGAUGAACGAGCGAUUGUUAUGGUAAUUAUUGGAGGCAUUUAUAUUGUAUGGUGAGGGAGAAUUACUGUUUUCUCUAUUAUUAUUAAGUUGAGGGGAAAAAUGAGCUUAUAAUAUUACGGUGUAUGGUUAUAUUACUGUCUCUUGGGUGUUUGUGGCCUUGAGUCGUUGUUUAGUAGUUUUUUGAAUUGCUAGCGAGUGAUGUGUUCAGGUACAAGUGUCAAUAAAAUACGUUGUCUUUACUCUUCCUUCUUUCCUUGGACUAAAAUAAAUUUCCGAGGUUCAUUUUCUUUGUCUCUGCCUUCAAAAAUUUCUUGUCAAUGUAAAGAAUAAUUCUAAAGAGUAAGUCAGAGUUGUGUAAUAUUAAAACUAUCAAUGCCAAUUAAA